AAGUUAAAAAGCACUAAGGGGCACCCAAGCCUACGCAUGCGCGUUAGGUUGGCGCGAAUCUCUGAAUAUUUCUCAUCUUCGAGUGGUUUGUUUAUAUUCUAAAAACUUUUGUCUUUUUAAUAUAAUAAUCUUUUUAAGGCAAAAUUUUGAAAAUCUGUAAACAUCACAUAUUCAAGAAUGCCUAGUCAUCGAAAUGCCCAUGUUAAGAGAUGUGAGAUUAGGCAAAGUCGCGGGAGAUAUAUGGAUCGCCCGGAGAGCGAAAGACAAAGUGACCAAAGAAGAGGUCAAGAUGAAAGGUAUCAUCGCGAAGGAAAUUUAAGCCCCUUGAGAAGUCCACUUCGCACAGAAAAAGACUGGGAUAAUAGAAGGCAGAAUAUGAAAACACACAGCCCCAAGCAGCAAAAAUCAAACCUUAACAGCUCAGAAAGAAGAAGUUGGAGACAAGUCCCUAACAAUGUAGUGCUAGAUUUUGUGGACAAGAAAGAAUUCCCAACUCCUCAUGAAGCUAGGUUCACCCCAGAGCACUCUGCAAUGAGUCGUCUUGGUCCUGCUACAGACUGGGGGUCUCAAAUGGAUGAAUAUGAUAUUCAACAAGAAAAAAGCAGAGAGAGAAUGCAGAAGUACCGGAGGAAACUUGUGCUGUCUGCAGAUCAAGGUGGAAGAAGGAACAGUGAAAGCAAAGAGAAAAUUGAGUAUGAAAGAAAUGAAGAUGUUUUAUUGAGACGUCAGAAGCAGAUUGACUAUGGAAAGAAUACCAUUGCAUAUGAUAGAUAUAUUGAAGAAGUGCCUAGGAACAAACGUACCAGGGCUCAUCCACGUACACCAAACAAAAACUUCAAGGUCAGUCGUCGUUCCUGGGACAUGCAGGUGCGCUUGUGGAGGAAACAACUGCACAUCUGGGAUCCUCCUGUUGGAGGCUCUCAAACUGAUGAGAACAGUGAUCACAUUUUUAAUGAUUGUGGAUCAGAGGGGUCUCUGGAAUUGUCCACUACUGCUAUGGAAAUAGAAUCUGUGACCACAGCCUCCCCGCCAUUCACACCCCCUCCCUGCCUGGAAUCGGACAAAACAGACAUUAAUAUAAAGCAUAUGAAGUUCACCUCCAGUCCUCAGAAGCAUCAAACUGGACCAGCUAAAGAUGAAGGAUUUUUUGCUGGUUUCGAUUUGGAUGCCUGCUUGGCAGAGGAAGAUGAGGAUUUCCUGGAGCUUUAGAAUAUAUAUUUGAAAAUAUCACCUGUUAUAAGUUCUGAGAAGUUGUCAGAUUUUUCCUUUAAAGAAGUUUUUUACCUGAGCUUUUUAUUUUGCAUGCUUCUUUUAAGUACAUUGAAGUUUAUACCUAGUUUUUUCAAAUAGCUAUUUUAUGUUUGUAUUUAAUAUUAAGUGAAUGAUCAAUAGGGAAAUUGAUUUUUAGAAUGUUAGCACUUACUUUCAGUUAAAUUGUGGUGAUGUAGGUAAUUACCUCAUUUCAUUUGGUAAAUUAUAUAUACAAAUACAUCAUAAAUUUUAGUUUAAGAGAUAGAGACUUUGUUUUUUUAGAUUUUUAAGAAUGAGACUUUAUGUCAAAAAAAAAAAAAAAAAAAAGAUUUUUGUUGAUAAGUAAUUGGAUUCCAGCUUUUUAUUUUACUAUGUUUCACCCAAAAUUGCCUAUUGGGCUGAGAAUUCAUUACUUAUAAAGGGGAUAGCCUGGAUUCGUGAUACAUGAGAAAAAGGGCAUGCAUCGCAAAUCCAGGCUAUCCCUGGAUUUGCGAUACAUGCCCUCACAUGUACAGUGUUUAAGUUCUCCUGCGUAAUUUAUUUCUGUACCAUUUAAUUGGAAGACCGGUGUUGUGUGGUAAAUAAUUUAAUAAGAGAAGUAAAAUAAUGAUUUGAGAUAUGUAACUUGGUUUAAAGAAGUGAGUAAUAACAUGUUAGGCACUUCCAUGAUUUCAUGUGUAACACCGUUGCGAAGGAAAAAAGAACACUUUGUAACAGUGGUGACAAUCAUCAAUAUGUUAAGUGGUAUAUAACACAUUAAACUUGAAAUGAUGACAUUUUUAAAAGACUUCAUUGGUCAGUUUCUUAGGCCCCAUUUCCAUAGACCCCAUUAUAAUUGCUGAGUGCAAUCAGUAUAACAGAUUUACACAAGUUGAAUAUAGACAAGUUGGUGAUUAUAUGAGCACCUUGGAAAUGAGGAGGUGUGUCAAUCAGUUAAGCUGAUUGCACUAGGCAAGAGUUGGAUCAUUCUAAGUAAACCAAUGGUGUCUAUGGCUCUGUUCACAACCAACUUGUGCUGUGGGAUGCACUGGAAAGCAUGCCAUGUAACCCCUUAAUGGUUUCCCUGCUUCCCACAGCACUGUUCCUGCAGGGAUUUUACUGCAUGCUUUCAAAUGGGUCAUGCCAUAUUUGAGCAGCGGCUCAGAAAGGUCAGGCUCCACUUGGUUGUAAAAAGAAGAGCCUGUGGGAAGUAGGUCUUAGCUUCUUAUAGUUUUAGAAUUUUAGAGACUAAAACAUUGUACACAAUGAUUUUUUUCCUAAUGGUAUACAUUUGAUAAGCAAGUGUUUUAUAGGUGAAAAAAGCAAUUUAAACAUGCAUAGUCUACUUGACAUACAGGUUAUGCCAUGUAAAUUUCAGUUUUAUAAUAAAAUUUGUCUUCAAAACACUGACUUUUUAUAUAAAGCAUGUACAUUACCAAAAUAGUUAGACACAAAUGUGUAUACUACUGGCAACUGCCAGAUAAAAUUGUGCAUAAUUCAGUCUUCCAAGAUCAUUGAGGUUCAAAACGAGUUGAGAUGGUGUCAAACAAGGUAUAAUUUUGCUACCAUUCAGUGUGGAACUGAUAAUUUGAACAACUGCGUACUUUGAGAACAUAAUGUUAAAAUUGUUCUCAUGUCGCCCUCUUGUUACUAUUACCCCAUUAUUACAUUAAGAGGAUUUUUUGGUUAAAUUUUACCAUCUAGGUAUGUUUUGCAGUUAAACUUGAUGAAACUGACUCAAAGAUGUGCUGCUUUUCAUUCUAGACUUGUCAAUUACCAGACAGGGUAUGAUUGUGUUAAGUGGGUACAAUCUUAUUUUUUACUGAGAUCAACUUGCUCAUUUACUGGUCUUUUUAUUUUAAGACUUUCAAGUUUUAAAAUCAAGUUGAUUAACUUCUGGUCAUCAGUUACUACAUGUGGGAAUUAAUUACAGACAAGCUUUUUCAAUGGAAUCACAGAAUUCAAUUUUAUAUUUAAUUCUGAAGGCACCUGGAAAAUUUAAUUUUCGUUCCAAGAUUAUUGCUUAUUUCUUUAUAAACUGAGGUUUUCUUUAUAAACUAGGAGUCGUGUUAAGGAUACAUGGCCAUAUGACUAAAUAACAGUGACAAUGCUGUAUAUUA